AUGUUAGGCCUCGCUCUGCUCAGUAUCCUGUUGGUAAUGUACAUUCUGUUCACACGAAAACGCAUCCAGUUGCCUCCCGGGCCCCAAUCAGUGCCUUUCAUCGGCAACCUCCACCAAGUUCCCCCGUCAAGACCAUGGCUUGGGUUCGAAAAAUGGCACAAAGUGUACGGACCCAUCAUCAGCUUCAAAUUAGGACCUCAAACAUUCAUAUCGCUGGGAAGCCACCAGAUCGCACACAACUUGCUCGACAAACGCAGCGCCAUCUACAGCUCCCGUCCCCGGUCCAUCAUCGCAGGCGAAUGUAUCACUAAGGGCUUAGGGAUCGUCUUCAUGCCAUACGGCCGGCAAUGGAGAACGCAGCACCGGAUCCAAGCCGAAUUUCUGAACCCCACCCUAUCGCAGAGAUACUGUGCGUUGCAAGAUGUCGAGACUCGCCAGGUCGUCUAUGACCUCUUAUCGUCGAAUGAUUUCAGCGAGAGCUUCCAUCGUAUGUCGUCGAGUUUGAUCUUUUCGUUGGCGUAUGGAAAACGCAUGCCUCGGGGAGACGAGCAUGAAGUUCGCGAAAUCGAUGAGCUCAUGACAAAUCUGGCGGAGAAGCAGGCCCCUGGGAAGUGGAUGGUGGAUAUAUUCCCGGUGUUGAAUUAUCUUCCGCGGUUUUUGGCUUCGUGGAAGGGUCUUGGAGAUGAGUAUCAUCAUCGGGAGGCCACUCUGUUUGGGGACAAUAUGAAAAAGGCUGAGAGUGCUCGAUCAUGGAACUGGAGCAAGGAUAUGAAAAGGAUUAAAGAGGCAAAGGGGUUAUCCGACGCGGAAUUGGCGUACAUUAUCGGUGUUCUAUACGAGGCAGGCAGCGAUACCACUGCGGGAACCUUGGACUACUUCGUGCUUGCUUGUGUUCUAUAUCCAAACGCCGUCUGCAAGGCGCAACAGGAGAUUGACGAUGUCGUCGGAGCCGUUCGGUUGCCCACAUUCGACGACAUACCCAAUCUUCCAUAUGUCAAUGCGUUUCUGAUGGAAGUCAUGCGAUGGCGUCCCCUUGCACCUCUCGGUAUUCCCCAUGCUGUCACCCAAGACGAUGAAUAUAUGGGCUAUCAUAUCCCUAAAGGCGCCACUAUCUUACCGAACCACUGGGCCCUGUCUUUGGAUGAAGAAGUCUUCGAAAACCCCACCAGUUUCAAACCAGAGCGCUGGAUUGAGAACCCCAAAUUACCGCUCGAUGGAUUCGGAUUCGGACGACGCGUCUGCACGGGAAGACAUAUCGCCAUGAAUUCAAUGCAAAUGAUUGUCACUCGUGUCCUGUGGGCGUAUGAUAUCGGGUAUGCGUAUGAGAAUGGGAAGAAGGUCGAGGUCGACCCGUAUGGGAUGGUCGAUGCCGCUGUGUCGAAGCCGGUUUCUUUCAAGGCGGAUUUCCAGAUUCGCAGCCCGACGCGUCGUGAGAUCGUUGAAGAGACGUGGAAGGGCACUGAGAAAGAUUUGGACGUUAUUAUGGACGGUGUUGGUCCUAGUCGAAAGAAUUCAUAG